AUGGAGAGCCGCGUAGGGCUCGACUACAUCGUCGAACAUGCGGAGUACGCCAGCAAACUUGCUGCAGCCCUCACUUCCCCGACUGCUGCAGUUAAGAAGCAGGUAUUCGAACUUCUAUCAGCACUCUGCGUGUACAAUGCGGACGGAUACGCCAGGGCAGUCGACACGUUGGAUCGAUAUAAGGUUUUAAAGGGAGACAGGUAUCGUCUGAGCGUGGUGGUGGAAGAGUUGAAGAAUGCCACCACAAUCGACUACAAGACAGCCCUCGUGGCAUUUAUCAACUGCCUCAUCAUUUCGGCUCCCAGGCUGCCCGACAGGAUACGGGUCAGAAACGAAUUUAUCGGACUGGGUCUCAUAUCGACACUAAGCAAUUUAAGACACGAAGCAGCCAGUCAUCCCGAGUUGGGCGUGCAACUGGACGUGUUCGAAGAGCAGAGGGAGAGUGAUGAGGCCCAGGGGCCGGGGGGUAUCAAUCUCAAUUCGCAUCUUGAUGUUUUCUACGCUAUACUUAAACAAGUUUCUGAUACACCACAAGAAAUCCCGUUCCUCAGUAUUCUGCAGCAUCUUUUAAGGAUUGACCCCAAGGAACCAGUAAGCGAUAUUGUCUGGGACACUGCAGAGACCCUUGUGCAUAGAGCUACUCUUCUUGAGAGUAGAGAAGACGCAGCAAAGUUAUUAAGGGCUCCUAGCGUUCAGGCUAAAAUGGGUUGCACCUGCCAGCACAGAGAUGCUAAUUCAGCAAGGAAGCAGAGCUUACAACGAGCUCUAUCUCCACCCCCACCACCACCACCAGCUCCAAUUCCUCCCCCAGCGGCACCUCUGCCUCCCGCACCACCAGCCCCACCACCUCUUCGUGGUCCCCCUCCCCCUCCUCCGCUGAAUUCUUCCGCACCUCCACCCCCCGGUCCGCCUGCACCUCCGCCGGUUAAUAUAAAGUUGCCGCAACAAGAGAUUCCGCUGCCCAAAACAAAGAUGAAAACGAUAAAUUGGAAUAAGAUACCUAACAAUAAAGUGAUCGGGCAGAACAAUAUCUGGUCGCUAGUCGCGUCGAGUCACAAACACUCUCCGAAGUCGGAGUUAGACUGGAGUGAAAUUGAGGGUCUCUUCUGCCAACAAGUCCAACCCCCUGGAUCGGCAGGGUCGUCACCUCGACUGGGUCGCAGUCCUAUCUGUGACAGCUCCGGCGAAAGAAAACAGCGAAAAGAACCUUCAGAAAUCACUCUUCUUGACGGAAAAAGAAGUCUCAACGUAAAUAUCUUCUUGAAGCAAUUCCGAAGUUCCAACGAAGACAUCAUUCAACUGAUAAGAGAAGGAGCCCACGACGACAUCGGCACUGAGAAACUUCGCGGUCUUCUCAAGAUCCUCCCCGAAAUCGACGAAUGCGAAAUGUUGAAAGCUUAUACUGGUGACGUCACGAAACUGGGCAAUGCCGAGAAGUUUCUUUUGCAGCUCAUACAAUUGCCGAGCUACAAGCUACGCAUAGAAUGCAUGCUGCUGAAGGAAGAGUGGGCUUCCACGGCCGGGUACUUAGAGAGCGCCAUCAACGCCAUUCUUGUGGCCGGAGAUGAUCUCAUGUCAUCUAGGGCUAUUCAGGAGGUGCUGUACAUAGCGCUCAUAGCCGGGAACUUCUUGAACGCGGGUGGCUACGCCGGUGGCGCGGCCGGCGUAAAGCUGUCGUCGCUACAAAAGCUGUCCGACAUUCGCGCUAACAAACCCGGAAUGAAUCUCAUGCACUACGUCGCUAUGCAAGCUGAACGCAAGAACAAGGAGUUGGUGCACUUCGCAGACGACAUUAGGGUGCUGGAGGAGGCGGCCAAAGCGAGCGUGGAACAGCUACACAACGAAAUCAACACGUUGGCGAGUCGAAUCAGCGCGCUGAAACGAGACGUCACCUCGACCGCACAGCAGGACAUCAAAGAGCAAAUGGGCGAUUUCCUUCAGGUUGCAGAAAGAGAAAUAUCAGCUUUAAAUAAAGACAUGGAGGAGGUAGAGAGUAUUAGAAAGCAAUUGGCCGAAUUCUUCUGUGAAGAUCCCGUGUCUUUCAAGUUGGAAGAGUGUUUCAAGACAUUCGCUUCGUUCUGCGGCAAAUUUCGAUCGGCAGUGCAGGAGAACGAGCGCCGUCGCGCCAACGAAGAACAAGCUGCCCAACGACGGAAGGCCAGAGAUGCUGCAGCUGCUGCUAGAAUUAAGACUGGCGGUAGUAUGUGUAGUACCCCGGUAUCGGAGUGUGAAUCUCUUAUGGAGUCUUUGCUGCUAGACAUCAGGAAUGGUCUCGGACGCAGGUCCCUUAGAAAACAGUCCAGAGAUCCAUCGCCGUCGCCAGAUGUCACGCCGACGGGUAGUCUGCGCCGGCGCAGCCGCGCAAGUCCGGGAGAAGACGAGGAGGGUUUGCUCGAAUUCUUACGACAUGCAUCGCCGGCUGCCACCGACCUUCGAGAGAGGAGCGCGUGGGGUAGUCUAGAUCGUUCCUGGUCCCGCCGUGGACCGAUUCGCGCGAAGCUGGAAAUCCCUGACCGGGAAAGGGAGAGGGAGCGUCCUGCUUCGCCGAGAGCCCCGUCGUCACCCGCCCCUCCGGAACCUACUACAACUAAACCUAGGGAAUGGCGUCAGAAAAUUGAGUCUUGGUUGCGCGCGAACAGUCAGGAAGAGAAGCGCGACGCAGAACUGCGCGAGCGCACGCGCCGCCUUCACAACAGGCGGUCCUUGGAAAACGAGUCCGAGAGCGAUCGCAGUACUGCGUUGGAUACACUACCUGAAAGUCGCGGAGAUUGGCGACCCGCGGUGCUCCGAGACACCGACGUCGUGCGGGCUAUAGAGGCUGUCGAAGAUGUGCAACCACCGGCUAAAGACAACCGACUGCCGUGGAGAAAGACGGAAGAAAACGAAGAGAUGCGACGGCUCAGGAGACAACGAUCCAGGCCGCAAAUUGAAUCACAAUCCCUCGUAGCGAUCAGUGAAGAGGAUAAGCGAAAGUUACCAGACAUUACCGUCACUGACACUAAAAUCGACAAAAACGACCGAGUCGCCAUAGACUCGGACAAUAUCGAAACGCCGCCCGCGCAGAGGAAGCUAUUCAACCCACCGCCGGAUAGAGAGCCUUGUAGACGACUACAGUCGUCCCUUAACACGUCUUUGAGCGAAAAACCGUCGACGGAAAUGAAGGACUUAUGCCAAGAAAUACUGGGUGAUGGACAGUUCGACAGGUUCUCGGCAGCGAGAAGAACGAGACGAUACAAGAGAAACGCAGAAGCCAGUCCACCCGAAGAGGAAAAGAAGGAAAUUACUGAACUCUUCGCUGAGACACAAAUAUUACGACCUUCGAAACUGGAAGUUCAAGCGUCGUAUUCCGUCGAAACUCCAGUUGAUACGGCGAAACCUGUCGAGAUCGUCAAAGACGAGAAAGAAAACAGACUAAAAAGGUGGCAGGAUCGGCUGAAAAACCAAAGCACAGAGAAAACUCCGACCAAAGAUAAAGUUCCGCAUUCUAGAAUGAGACGACAGACUUCAAUCAAUCAGGAAGAUGUACAAAAAGCGAUACGAGAACUCAAAUCUCCGACCGAAACGCCGACGGGUGUGUGGUCUAGAAAUGCGUUCAGGCGGUCCGUGAGCGGCAAGGUCGACGCUAAAAAGGAAGUAGAGAGAACGUCGUCACCUAGAAUACCAAAAAUGAAGAGCGAACACGAGUUGAACGACGAGGGUUUUGAAGAAACACAAAGUCUCAAUUCCGAAAGCGCGUCUCAAGGAGCGUCAUCCGGCUGCAACGUCGAGUGCGAUUCGCCGGUCCCGAAGAAGUCACCGGACAUCCCAAAGAAAAUAACAACCAAAGAUGUUAAAAUUCCGCCAAGAAUUCCGCUCAAUCGAACCUUCUCGAACAGAGCUAGUUCUCUGCGAGUCGAACGUUCUACUUCUAGAGCAUCUUUGAGAAGUUCUAGAAGUUCUUUAAACAGCUCAGCGUCAGUCGCGACGGUUAAGAGGGCGCCCGUACCGCCCAAGCCGGUUCCGAAACCCGUCCCAAAGCCGAUUUCAAGGAUGCCCGCUUCGAGAUCGUCGUCGAGCGGCAGUUCCAUAGCGUCGAAGCCUCCGGUCAAAGCCCAAAACAGGACAUCGAAUUUUAUGCGACCGACCCAAGCGUCUAAGGGCAGAGGCUCUCUUCAGCCGACCGUUAAAAACGUCAAAUAG